AUGCUUAGCGUGGACAUGUAUCCCAGUUUGACUCUGGGGCCACAAAGGAUCGGAGACUGCUAUUAUAGAGACCGGGAGGCCCCUGCCCACUUGCCGUUGUUCCCUACCGCUUGUGAUGUUGCAGCCAAAGCCCUGCCUCCGAGGCUGCUUGCCCCUCCACCUGUACCCAGUGAGCCUGCCACCAAAAACCCAAAAGAUGAGGUGAAGAUGGAGCUGGAGAACGCGUCUUUAUGGAAACAGUUCAGCUCGGUGGGCACAGAGAUGAUCAUCACAAAGAAGGGCAGACGAAUGUUUCCUGGGUUGAGGUUGAAGCUGUCAGGCCUGAAUCCAUCUCUACGUUACAUCCUCCUCCUGGACAUCAUCCCGGUGGACAACUCACGCUAUCGUUUCCAAGGUGGUGGCUGGCAGGCUGUUGGCGGGGCAGAGGCGAGGCUACCAGACCGGGUGUUCAUCCACCCAGACUCCCCCGCCACGGGUGCUCACUGGCAGAGCCGCACCAUCUCGUUUCACUAUGCCAAGCUCACCAACAACACACUGGACUCCCAGGGACAUAUCAUCCUUCACUCGCUGCACCGCUACCAGCCCAGAAUUCAUGUAAUUGAAGCCAGAGACGUGCUGAGGUGGGGUGGAGGGCAGCACUCCUUUGUUUUCCCGGAGACCCAGUUUAUCACGGUCACUGCCUACCAGAACAACAAGAUCACGGAGCUGAAGAUCAACUCCAACCCCUUCGCUAAAGGCUUCCGAGAGGAUGGCAUGAACAGCAAAAAACAAAGAGAUGCGAGACAGAAGCGUAAAAUGGCGGUCUUGACAGAAACUUUGGAUAUUGUCAACUGUGAUCCAUGCGACUCAACUGAGCUUUUGCCACAGCCCACCACCACCAACAACACCACCAGCACGGACCUGCAGGCCCUCACUCUGGCCUCUCUGCCACCACUGCCUGAUCCCUCCUGCGGGUACAGACCAGAGGAGGCCUCCUAUCAGGACACACUGGUCCCGGAGCAGCCACUAGACCUUGGUCAGGAAUUCAUGGCAUCCCAGAUAUCUGACAUCAGCAUCUCCAUGGCCAAUGGGAUCCAGGACACACCAGGAAGUGAGGCGGCAAAUGGAAUAAUUGAAAGACCAGACACCUUGGGUGAGCCAGCUUAUACCUCCACCUUCUCUGCUGCUCAGGCCAAUUCCUCCUCUUUCCCUUCAGCUCAGCUUCCUCAGUCAUCUGCCUCCUUCUCCUCCCUCCCCGUCCCUGACCUCUCAGAUACAUCCGAUCCUCAGCCCUCCAUCCCCCCUAUCGACUAUCCCUCCAUUCUCUCCUCCACCACUCCCUCUCUGCAGCAGACCUCCUUCACCUUCCCCACUCCGCCUCCUUCCAACACCUCCUCGCCACAGCCUCUCCUUUCUUCCUCCUCUCCCUCCGCCGACACCUAUCACACCAUCCCAGAGACGAUCAGCCCCCACACACCUACAGACACCUCCUUUCCUGCCCCAUCUUCCACAUGUCAGUCAGGUCUGCAGGACCAAAUACCUGCUCAUUCUCUGCUCACCCAGCCCAGUCAGACGCUGCAGGGUGAACCUAUUACCAGCGGAAAUAAUACACCCAGCGAUCAAAGCUCAGCCGUAUUUAUCUACCCAAACAUCCUGCCAACAAAUCCUGAUCCUGCUCCAGCUCAACCUCUGCCCAAUCAACACCAACCACCAACUCCCAAUCUGCCAUGCUCCCUCCCCACUCACGGUGCAGCCACUUCUUUUGCCUUCCCCUCUGUCCCUCCACACAUGCAAAAUCUCUCAUUUCCAAAUGUGUCUCCCAGCCCUGCCCACCUGCACCUCCCAAAUCUGAGCCACCAAGCCCCAGCUCCCUCCCUUGCUGCUGCCUUCCCUCCCUCCACCUUCACUCAUCCAUCAUCCUCCCUUCCUCACCCUCCUUUCCAGCCCUCCUCUUGCUUGGCAAUGUCCUCCUCUUUCCAACAGUCCAUCUCCUCUACUACACUUCUCCCACCGACAGCUCAUCCUCAAAACCUGCCCAAUCCUCCUGCAUCCUCCUCCACCUCCUCAUACCCUCCAGUUGAGAUAGGUGCCAUCCCUCAGUUCAAUCCCCCUGCCCCCUAUCGCCCGGAGAUGGUACUGCACCACCCUUCUCUUCUCCCUCAGCUGGAUCCAUCUCUUCCCUCCUCCAACCCUCCCCCUGCCCUCUACCCAGCUUUUCCGUCCUACCCUCUCCGGUUGCGUCAGGACCCUCACUCAUCCCUCUCCAUCCCAUUCAGGCAUCUGUACAGACAACACCAGCAUGGCCAUGCCCACCCCCAGGGGUCUUACCUGGAUAUGAGCACAAGACCUGUGUUUUAA